GAUCGUGCGCGAAAAAAUGCUCGAGCGGCGCUUCGCGUAAAGCAAACAGACACAGAGGGUGAGGAGGAUGACACACUCUCAGGCUUCACGCACACUUAUUUACCAAUAUAAUCAAACGCUCCGGGAGACAAACAGCGAAGGAGGAAGUGGAGAUAACCGUGCACAUGUUUUGAGGAUUUAAAUCAAGAAGCAAAUCGAGACGGAGGAGGACUCGCGUUUAAAUGUCGUAAAAAUCUGCAGCGUGCAACAUAUUCUUUAUGUCAACGAUCGGCGCCAGACAAGGACUGUCACUUGAACUGUAAAAAAAAACAAUCAGAUUUUUUUGUGCGUGAAGCUGCCGCGAGAGGACGUUUCGUAAUGAUAUAAAACUGAAAGGAAGGAAGGAUUUUUUUCGCUCUACAGAAGCUUGUCGUUUGCCUGGUGGCGGUGGAGUGUAAGAAUAGUUUUUCUUGUCUUUGACUCAUGAUUCGGGGGGUUACAUGGGAACCCGCUCGACUUUUGUCCGCCCUGCCACGGAGGAGCACCGAGGGCUUUUCUUUUUUCUUUUUCGUCCGCGGUCCGUUUAAUUGAAGAGCAACAGAGGGAUUAAACAUUCCUGCUCGCAGCGCCUGUUUGUGUGAGCCAGACUGGGUUACAUUGUGAGAGGAACGGUUGUGGUAAGAAAGAAGGCUAUAAAUAGCCCAUGCAAUUCUCGAAAACUAUCACAAGUGGUGCAUCAGCUUGUGGAGCAGACGGAAUCCUGCAUGUAAUGUCUCUGCUUUAAUUUUUUCUGUCUUUGCAGAGCGUGUUGUAUUUUUAAAGUUUUGACGCGUAAUUUCGCAUUUUUUUUGUGCGUGUGGGGCGCGGAAGAAAAGCUCUCCCCAUGGAUUAUUUAAUGAUGAAACUAUCAGCGAUAUGGAAACAGGCUGAUCUUCCUCUGGAUUGAAAUGGAUACAUUUCUGUGCUCCUCGCCUUUGACAAUGAUCACAUUUGGAAUCGCCUGACCUGGUUUGUAACAAUGUUUUGAUCCCCGCGCACGCUUUGGAUUUACAUUACAACAUUAGUAUAUCCGCUGGGGUUUCAUGGAUGCAUUCUCUUCUUUUUGAAUACGCCCAUUCCUCUGCCCGAUCGAGUCUAUUAUCUGGACCUCUUGUGAGGUUAUACGCCUGCCGAUUUGACAGCCCUGCUCGGUGUUUUGAUACCGAUGUAGGAUUUCGACAUGCCCAGCGCUGACGACCCCAACGGCGGACGAUUAUGACUGCAACAGCGAAUUGGGUGGCUAACGGGGCAAGCCUUGAGGACUGCCACUCCAACAUCUUCUCUCUGGCGGAGUUGACAGGCAUUAAAUGGCGUUGCUACAGCUUCCGCGGCAGUGGUGAAUAUGGGCCGGUGAUCUCGGCCCCGGCCCAGGACGACCCGGUCCUGCGCAGCUUCAUGCGCUGCGUGCAGGCCAACUUGCUGUGCGUGUGGCGACGCAAAAUCAAGCCCGACGCCAAGGAGCUAUGGAUCUUCUGGUGGGGCGAAGAGCCCAACCUCUCGGAUGUCAUUCAUCAGGAGCUGGAAGUGGCUGAGGAGGGGCUCUGGGAGUGCGGGCUGUCCUACGAGUGCAGGACUCUUCUGUUCAAGGCCAUACACAACCUGCUGGAAAGAUGCUUGAUGGACAAGGGGUUUGUGAGGAUUGGGAAGUGGUUUUUCAAACCGCACGAACUGGAAGAAAAGUCUUUGGGCAACAGUGAACACCUAUCAUGUUCCUUCUCCUUCUUCCUCCACGGGGAGAGCAAUGUCUGCACGAGCGUGGAGAUCGCCCAGCACCAGCCUGCAUAUCACAUCACAGAACACCACAUCCGCCUCGCACAGACCUCCAUCACCCCAGUACAAGUGAUCCUGAGUCCGUACGGUCUGAGCGGCACUCUCACGGGUCAGGCCUACAAGAUGAGCGACCCAGCUGCACGGAAGCUGAUGGAGGAGUGGAGCUACUUCUACCCCGUGGUACUUCAGCAGAAAGAGGGAAGUGGAGAAAAGGAAAAAGAAGAAGCAAGCCAGGCCUACGAUCGCAACUGUCACGCGGCAGUGGAGGUCAUCGUAGGUGGAGUAAGGAUGACCUACCCAGCUGCUUUAGUGCUGAUUGCCCAGGGGGACCUGCCAGUUGAGCAGCCUCCACCUGUUCCUGCAGCUCAGGGCCUCAGCAGGGAGCCAAACCACUGCAGCGUUCCACUCACACCGCCGACGUCACCGCAGCAGCCCUGCUCAGCGGACAGUGGCUUUGUGACCUCCGUCUCCAGCGUCCCCACUCCAGACAGCAGCAUGGGGGUCGCCAGCAUCAGCCCAAAGCAUUCUGGGAAGAAACUAACCAGUCAGGUAGUCCAUCAGGCCUGGAGGGAAUGCUAUCUCAACCAGCCGCAGCACACGCUGAAUCCACCAACUGACGUGACGCCUAAGAAGGAAGUGCCAAAUGGAGUCACCAUGUGGGACUUCAACGAUCUGGGAGCAAGAGCAUCCUGCAGCUGCUCCAGGUUGAAACAGCAGAAGCUGAAUCUGACCGCCACACCCACUGCCAACCCCCAGACUAGUGCCAACCCCACUCAGUCCUCUGGCCUGUCAUUAUACCCUCCCUCCAUGCCCAAACACAAGACCAGCGACAAAACAGAAAAGGCUGACAAACAGUCCAAGAGGCCAGCCAUGAUCCCCUUCCACCACCGACUAUCCAUCACACAGGAAACCCCUCUGGAACAGGACUCACCCGGAGGGCCCCAGCUCGGAGGUCUCGUGGCAUUGGAGCCAUCCUUGGAGCCUCUGGCUGCUCUGCCAAGCUGCAAGUAUCCCAAACCCCUCUCUAACGGCAGAAAAGCCCCUGAUUCCCUUCUGCAUUCUCCAAUGUCUCCACUUCCACCGACACUCAGCCCACAUCCCCGAGUGCAGGACCCAGAGGUCCUGGACGGGCCUGUGGAUAUGCCCGUCUGUCAGGAUGGGGCUUCAGGGCUGGGGAUGAUUACCAGCGAGACAGCUGUGUAUACAGCUCUGCUGAGGCAGAGGGAGAAUGGGGCCGGCUGGUGGAGAGGCUUCAGGACUCCCAGGACUGAUAAGACUGACUUCAGACCCUGUGAACUCCCCACUGAUAAUUUAGAGGAAGCGAAGACAGAGACGGCCACCGAGGGAGCUCCGCUAAAGAGACUAUACACACAGACUCACAAGAGAUUUAAAAUCUCAGAGGAGAGGGUGAGGGACCAAAUCCAGACUUUGGGCCUGUUCCAGCAGCCAGGUGUGGAGGGGCUGCGGGAGCCUGGCGAUGAUCCCUAUGACUUUAAGGAAGGAGACAUCGAGUACACGUUCUCCUCUUCCAAGAGGUUAAAGGGUCAAGGGCGAGAACCCAGCAAGAAGGCCAAGCAGGGAGAAGAAAUCACCAGCAAUGGAGCACUGCCUGACGGGAAAGAUGCUAUGUCCAUUUUUAACUCUGCUCCAAAAUCAGACGAAUCAGGUCAAGAUGAUGGAGCUGCCAAAGCCAACCCUUCUCUGACUAGAGAAAAAGAUCUAGUGGUCAAUAUCUCUGAUCUAGACAACAUAUUUGAUGAAGAUGAGGAAGAGUUGGGGACUGUUUACCCCAACCAGCACUCGACCAAGCUGCCAGUAUCAACAGAAGAUCGCCCUCUGGGGAAAGAAGGGAGAGUUGCAGUACCUUAUCCAUCAACAGUAGCAGACCUCCAAAGGAUGUUUCCCACCCCACCUUCUUUAGAGCAGCACCCAGCCUUCUCUCCCAUCAUGACGUAUCGUGACACCCCGAGCCAAGAGCCCCCUGCGCCAAGCGGAGCAGCUGACCACCUGCCGCCUUUAGCCUGCACCCAGUUUACUGAAUACAGGAUGGAGAUUGAGGAGGGCAUGGUCAGUCCCAGGCAGGAGGAUAUCAAGCCACAAAUAGGCUCCUCCAUGUUUGCUCCGCUCUCCUGCCUGCCCAGCCAGAGUCUACCACCGCUCAAGAUUCCCGAGCAGUGCUACUAUCGUCCAUCCUGGGCCCUCCUGCCCAAAAUGGAGCAUUUCCCAACAGUCAUGAAUCCCCAGAAUACCGCUUUCAUCAGAGAUGGAUACACAAACAUGCCUAGUGUCAACACCCUCGCGGACCAGGAGUACGGCCAGAUGAGCGCCACCACUGCCUCUGUGAGCACCACUGCUGGCAUCCUCCCAUCUCCUGCCACACCCCGCUUCUCUGUGCCCACCCCACGAACCCCUCGCACACCGCGUGGUAUUAAUGCUGCCAGCUCUGGGCAGGGUUCAGUGAAGCAGGAUGGUACUGAGCUCAGCUCGCCGGUCUCCACGCCCUCCACUAGCCUGCCUCUUAGCUCUGUAGAGCCCCUAGCUCGGCCAGGACCCUCCCUGCCUGAGGUCCACAGCCUGUACGCCAUCCUCCUGCUCUCAGACUCCGUCCUCAAUGUCUUCAAGGAUCGCAACUUUGACAGCUGCUGUAUCUGUGCCUGCAAUAUGAAUGUCAAAGGUGCAGAUGUGGGGGUGUAUAUCCCUGAUUCAACUUGUGAAGAUCAGUACCGCUGUAUGUGUGGCUUCAGUGCCAUUGUGAACCGGCGGCUAGCCCAUGGCACAGGCCUCUUCCUGGAGGACGAGCUUGAUAUUUUCGGUCGGACUUCUGAGGUAGGCCGGGCGGCUGAGAGGAGACUAGCUCUUUGCAGACGGGAUCCAACUAUGGGUGACCCCAGAGCCAAGCGGCCCCAGGAUGCAGCUCCAGCCUCUCCGUCAGUCAUGAUCCUUCUGCAGGAGCACUGCUCCCAGCCCAUAUCUUCCUUGGCAUCACUGCAUCUCCCCCUCAGCUGCUCUUGCCAUGGCCGCAAGGGGGCACUGCUUCAAAGCUGGAUGUCUGAGAAGCAGUGGGCAGAUGGGAGUGAUGCCUGUGUGGACUGUUACAAUGCCUUGGAACAGGGGCUGCAGUAUGUGGAUAACCCCACAGGAGGGAAAGUAGAUCCAGCUGUUGUCAGAAGUACCGCCCUUCACACCUGGCCUCACACAAAUGUGGUGGACAUGAACAUGUUGUCGUCCCAGGAUAUGGUUCGUAUGCUGCUGUCUCUGCAGCCUUUCCUGCAGGAUGCUAUCCAGAAGAAGAGAACAGGACGGACCUGGGAAAACAUCCAGCACGUUCAGGGUCCAUUGACCUGGCAGCAGUUCCAUAAGAUGGCCGGGAGAGGCUCCUACGGUUCGGAGGAGUCACCAGAACCCCUGCCCAUCCCUACAGUGUUACUGGGCUACGACCGGGAGAGAGACUUCUUGGCAUUGUCCCCUUUGGCGUUACCUUUCUGGGAGAAGUUGCUGCUGGAGCCUUAUGGUGGGCAGCGGGAUGUGGCAUAUGUAGUGCUGUGUCCCAACAGCCCCUCUCUGCUGGCUGCAGCCCGGGCCUUCUUCCAGGAGCUCAGCGCUGUUUACGAGACAUGCCGCCUAGGGAAGCACCGUCCUCUGGCCAAGGUGUCCAGGGAUGGCCUGGUGCGUGUGGGGGAGGAAGUGGAGCCCGAUAAGCUGGAGGAGCUGGACGUGGACCAGUGGGUGACUGGACCCUGGGCUGGACAGCAGCACACCGACAACCUCAGCAAACUUAAACUUUACGCUUACGCCUGCAAGCAGCAGCUUGGUCCCCAGCUGUCAGCCCUGCCUUUGGACAGCACACUUUUGUUGCCUCCCAAAGUCCAGCCUCCCUCAAACUCCACACCCUCAGCCCAGCCUGCCUCCUCCGGGCAGCCGCAAACUUGGGGCCCUGAUGGUGAACAAGCUCCAGGGGCCGUCAGCUCAGGAGACGCUCCAACGCCGAAUGCGGCAACCUCAAACCAGACGGGGGAAACAACCCAAGGAGCAACCAGCGACUCUAAAGGGUCUUCCAGUGCCACACCACCAGCCAACACACCAGCAGAAAAUCCUGAACUCACCAGUGAGCAGUCCAGAAUCGGCAUCCCCACUGUGGCCGACUCAACGGACAGCCUUGCCAACCCACCAGCUAUUGUUAUUUACAUCGUGGAUGCUUUUCUUAGCUCAAGUGCAGCGAGAAAUGAAGGGGGAGAGGAAGAAGAGGGUGACGAGGUGGAGGCCAGUAGCAUUUGGCUGCUCGGGCUUCUUCGUUGCUACACUGAGAUGCUCCAGACUCUGCCGGAGACAAUAAGACCUGCACUGGUGCUACAGGUGGUGCCAUGCCAGUACCUUCUCCAGCCGGCCAGUGGGGAGAGCCAUUUCUACCUGCAACAUCUGCGCUCCCUGUCCUUCUCCUGUUACUCCCAAUGCAGACGUCUUCUACCCCAACAAACACACAUAAAGUCCCUGACUGGCUUUGGACCAGUGUCCAUGGUCAAUUCUGUACUUAAGAGUCCAGAGCAUCCCAGCCCACUGCAGCUGUACACGCCCCCCUUCAUCCUUGGUCCGACCCGUCCCAAGCAGCCAGAACAAGGGGAGAUAUGGGCAGAGAUCCCUCCCAAAUACAAUGUGCUCUUCGUUGGAUAUUGCUUAUCACAUGACCAGCGCUGGAUCCUAGUGUCCUGCACCGACCAGCAGGGGGAGCUCCUGGAGACCAGCAUUAUCAACAUAGAUGUACCCAACAGAGCACGACGUCCCAAGGUUUCAGCCAGAAAAAUGGGCCUACAGAAGCUGUGGGAAUGGUGUAUCGGCAUCAUCCAGAUGACCUCACUGCCAUGGAGGAUUGUGAUUGGUCGAUUAGGCAGGCUGGGGCAUGGGGAGCUAAAAGACUGGAGCUCACUCCUUGGGGAGCAUUCCCUCCAUUCAAUAGGGCGCCAGCUGAAGGAUGCUUGUCGCAUGUGUGGGAUCUCUGCUGCCGACUCUCCCAGUAUUCUCAGUGCCUGCCUGGUAGCCAUGGAGCCACAGGGCUCUUUUGUGAUCAUGCCUGACGCAGUCACCAUGGGCUCAGUGUUUGGCCGCAGCACUGCUCUGAACCUGCAGACCUCGCAGCUGAACACACCUCAGGAUGCUUCCUGUACACACAUCCUUGUCUUCCCAACUUCUGCCACCACCCAGUUGGCCCCCAGCUCCUACCCCACUGAGGACAAUAAUGAUGACAUGUUCGAUCUGCCCUUUCCUGAUGAACUGGAAAACGACAUUGGCCAUGACAUGAUGCUGAUCACAGGGAACCUCCACCCUUCCCCCAACACCUCUCCUGUGCCCUCGCCUGGCUCUCCGUCCGGGAUGGGAAUGGGAUCACAUUUCCAGCACACCAAGAGCCAGGGAGAGCGCUUGCUGUCCAGGGACAGUCCACCAGAAGAGCUGAAGCAGCAGCCGCUGGCUCUGGGCUAUUACGUCUCCACUGCACAAGCAAAUGGACUUCCUCACUGGUUCUGGGCCUCCUGCCCGCAGGCUGAGAGCCAGUGUCCACUCUUCCUUAAGGCCUCCCUCCAUCACCACAUCUCCAUAGCCCAGUCAGAUGAGCUGGUGUCAGACAAGACGAAGAGGACCCCUCACCCCUUAGACUCAAAGACCACCUCUGAUGUGCUCAGGUUUGUAUUGGAGCAGUACAACGCCCUUUCCUGGCUGACGUGUACUCCGGCCACCCAGGACCGCCAGUCCUGCCUGCCUGUCCAUUUGGCCGUACUGAUCCAAAUGUAUAAUGCCAUUCUGAACAUGCUUUAGCCAUGCAAGACUUCAAGGACAACUUUAAGGGGCUGAUGGUUACCUUCAUUUCCUCUGUGCCUACGCUUCCUCCUUCUGGGCACCAGAGAGCGCCAGAGCUCUUCGGUUGUUUCGGGUAGACGUGGAUUUAAUGGCCAAAUCAAGGACAGGGCAAGUCAGACUCUCCCAUGCCUGGAAUGUAAUGAAAAAGAAGAUUGAAAUGCUCCGAACAAAAUCUUUCACUUGUUAAACGUGACACCCUUCACCUCUUUGUGGCAUUGAAGCGUCUGACAUUUACAGAGAAGCUGUUUACGAUUCUCUUCACAAAUUUCACCUGUGGAAAGGGACGUCCGUGCAGGGCCACGCAACUCCAUAUUGUACAACCAGCAAAGUGGCAUGACGACACACACACACACACACACACACACACAUGGCUUUGUUACAUCAAUUAUGUUUUUACAUUUUUUUGUAUAGAACUGCACUGCUGAGCUUCUUGGGACUUGCAGUUGGUCGAUGAAACUUUUACCUUUACUCUGAAAGGAGUCCUCAUUCACUCCAAAGGGGGAGCAUUUGCUAAUGGCACUUUUUCCUCGCCUUCCAAAGUGUUGUAGAUACGAACACAAUGGAAAUAUUUGACCAGUUAAGACAGAAAUGUUGUUUAUAAUGUAAGACAUACAUUUGCAAAGAAUUGAGACUUAUUUUUAAUAUUUAAAACAAGAAAAUGAGAAACUUAAACAAGGCCUUUUUUUCCCAAUUGACUGUUAACUGUCUUGGGAUCUGAAAUAAAAAUUGUCAUUUUAAUGCAGUUGUAAAGAUGCCAUAUUUAUACAAAUUAUAUCAUGUCAUAGAAUUUGAUAUAUAUAUGUAUAUACAUAAAUAUAUAUUACCUCUUCCAAGCAGGCACUUAAUGAUAAGGGUGAUGGACACAACCAUCUCUUCAGAAGUGGACACAGUAUGAACAUUUAUCAAAGAAAAUGCAUUUUAGUUGUUUUUUUUAAUUUUCUACAGAUACUGAACAUUUUACCUUUUUAUUUAAUGAGUUUAAAUUAAACUAAUUGAUGCAGGAGAUACAGUAUACUCUAUAUUUAUAAUAUAGAAUAGAAGACCAUGGUAUUUGAACAUUGCAAGGUUAUUAAAUAUUUAAGAACAAUGCUUUAUUUCAUUGGCUCUCCUAAAUGAUGUCAAGCAAACCAUUAGAAAGACCUGUCUCUUCAGCUUCACUCAGUCUGCUCUUUGUUAGAUUCCUAGCAUGUUUGUAUAUACACUUUUCAGCUGUGUUUUUUGGAAUUUUUCUUAAAGCUGUACAUUUCAUGCUGGUUGGUUUACUUUAAAGUGAUUCAUAUCAAAGUAUUUUUUGCUGUGAGCUUUUUUGAUAUACAGUAUACAGAACAAAACUCAUUUAAUUACAGCCAAGAGGUUGAAUUGCCAAGUAAGUGUACGCAAAUGUACAGACGAGGGCAAGUUUGCAAGAAUUUGUUACAUCUGUCAUCACUUUGAAUAUCAAGCAGAUCCAAUUUAGUGGGAGAGAUCUGUUACUUUUACACUCUUUUUUAGUAAAUUAUUAAAACUCUUGAAAAUGA